AUGUCUCAAGGUACUUUAUAUGUUAACAGAUCUCCAAGAAAUUUCACUGCUGAAGCUUUGAUUUCUUACUUCAAAUUAGAUGUCAAGAUCGUCGAUAAAGAGCAAUCUAGCGAAUUCGCUUCUUUGUUUCCAUUGAAGCAAGUUCCAGCUUUCUUGGGUCCAAAGGGUUUAAAGUUGACUGAAGCUUUGGCUAUCCAAUUUUAUUUGGCUAACUUGAUUACCGAUGAAAAAGAACAAGCUCGCUUGUUGGGUUCCGAUGUCAUUGAGAAGUCUCAAAUUCUCAGAUGGGCUGCUCUAGCCAAUUCUGAUGUCAUGUAUAACAUUGCUCGUCCAUACCUUUCCUUUAAGGGGUUGAUUCCAUACAACAAGAAGGACGUUGAUGCUUGUUUUGUUAAAAUCGACAACAUCGCUGCCGUCUUUGAUGCUAGAUUGAGAGACUACACUUUUGUCGCUACCGAAAAUAUUUCUCUAGGUGACAUUCAUGCCGCUAGUUGUUGGGCUUUUGGUUUAGCUUCUAUUCUAAGCCCAGAAUGGAGAUCCAAGUAUCCUCAUUUGAUGAGAUGGUUCAACACUGUUGCUGCUUCCCCAAUUGUGAAGACUCCAUUUGCCGAAUUCAAGUUGGCUGAAAAACCCUUGACCUACACUCCACCAAAGAAGCAAAAGGUUGAAAAGCCAAAGGCCGAAAAGCCAAAGGUUGAAAAAAAAGAAGAAGCUAAGCCUGCUGAUGAUGCUCCAGUCAAGAAGCCAAAGCACCCAUUGGAAGCUUUAGGUAAAUCUACUUUUAUCUUGGAUGAAUGGAAGAGAAAUUACUCUAACUCCGAUACUAGACCAGUUGCUUUGCCAUGGUUCUGGGAACAUUACAACCCUGAAGAAUACUCCAUCUGGAAAGUUGGUUACAAAUACAACGACGAAUUGACUUUGACUUUCAUGUCCAACAACUUAGUUGGUGGUUUCUUUAACAGAUUGUCUGCCUCCACCAAAUACAUGUUUGGUUGCUUAGUUGUUUACGGUGAAAACAACAACAACGGUAUCGUCGGUGCCGUUAUGGUCAGAGGCCAAGACUUUGCUCCAGCUUUUGAUGUCGCUCCAGAUUGGGAAUCUUACGAGUACACCAAGUUGGAUCCCACCAAGGAAGAAGACAAGGAAUUCGUCAACAACAUGUGGGCUUGGGAUAAGCCUGUUGUUGUCAAUGGAGAAUCUAAAGAAAUUGUUGACGGUAAGGUUUUGAAAUGA